AGCAGCCAGACAAAAUGAAAGUUUCACGGGUAAUGUUAGUUUUCGGAUUUUUAGCCGUAUGCUUGGUGCUAGCUGAUGCAUCCAAAGUGCGCUAUGAUAACUUUAAGGUUUUCAAAAUUCAAACUGCAAAUGCAAAACAACGUCAAGUCAUCGAGGGAUUGGCGGAAAACGUGAAAGGAUUUAAUUUAUGGCACAGCGAUGAUAAAGAAGUCCAUAUAAUGGUAAAUCCAGAAAAGCUUAUUUAUCUACAAAAUGUUACACGUUCCUAUCAACUACCGUUCCAAGUGAUGGUCUCAAAUGUACAGAGUCUAAUUGACAAUGAGCAGCCCACUAAGUCUACCGAUGAUCUGUCCUUUGGUUGGACGAGUUAUUAUCCCUUAUCAGCAAUUGAAGCUUUCUUAGACGACAUACUUGCCAAAUACCCCGAAGUUACCAGUCACAUAGAUAUUGGCACGUCUUUUGAAGGACGCCAGAUACGCGGCAUUAAAAUCUCUUAUAAGGAGGGUAACCCUGGCAUAUUUAUUGAAUCGAACAUACACGCACGUGAAUGGAUAACUUCGGCUACGGCGACAUGGUAUAUCAACGAGUUACUCACUUCCACGGAUGCUGAUGUGCGUGAGUUGGCAGAGAGUUAUGACUGGUAUAUUGUGCCAGUACUCAAUGUAGAUGGCUUUGUCUACACACAUGAAACGGACCGCAUGUGGCGUAAGACUCGUCAACCAGUGGAGAGUUCGAGUUGCAUUGGCGCUGAUCCGAAUCGUAAUAGUGAUUCACAUUGGAUGGAAAGUGGUGGUGCUUCCGCAGAUCCGUGCAGUGAAACUUAUGCCGGCACUCAUCCUUUCUCAGAGCCAGAGAUUAAAGCUAUUGCCGAUUACAUAACCAGCAUUAAGGAGCGCAUAAAUAUUUAUCUCGCUUUCCACUCGUAUAGUCAAGUGCUGCUUUCACCGUAUGGACACACAACUGAGCAAGCCGAUAACCACGAUGAUUUAAUGGCUGUGGCUAAGGCUUACUCAGACGCUGUCAAAGCGUUGCCUUACAACACGGAAUACACGUAUGGCACAUCAGCGACGGCUAUGUAUUACACCACCGGUUCCACCAGAGAUUGGGUUUAUAAUGAACAAGGCAUACGUAUUUCUUACACCAUCGAAUUCCGUGAUACUGGACGAUUUGGUUUUAUCUUGCCGGCAAUACAAAUAUUGCCACAUUGCGAGGAUACACUAGCGGGUAUUUUGGCUCUAGUAGAGAAAGCCAAGGAAUUGAAAUAUUUGGAAUUAAAAUAUACAAUUUAAAG